GCUUUGAACUUGGCUUCGCUAUGGCGAGUCCCAAUGCCCUGGUGUGCUGGGAGGCCCAGUUUGGCGACUUCCACAACACGGCGCAGUGCAUAAUAGACCAGUUCAUCAGCUCUGGCCAGGCCAAGUGGGUUCGUCACAACGGGAUCGUCCUGCUUUUGCCACACGGAAUGGAAGGAAUGGGUCCAGAGCAUUCAUCAGCCAGGCCUGAGAGGUUUCUGCAGAUGAGCAAUGAUGAUUCUGAUGCUUAUCCAGAGUUCAGUGAGCAGUUUGAAGUCUCCCAGCUGUAUGAAUGCAACUGGAUUGUGGUGAAUUGUUCAACCCCAGCCAAUUACUUUCACGUCCUCAGAAGACAGAUCUUGCUGCCAUUCAGAAAACCGCUGAUUAUUUUGACACCUAAGUCACUGCUGAGGCAUCCAGAAGCUAAAUCAAGUUUUGAUGAAAUGGUGUCUGGUACCACUUUUCAACGUGUGAUUCCUGAGAAUGGGCUGGCAGCUCAUGUACCACAUGAAGUCAAGCGAGUGAUCUUCUGCACAGGAAAAGUGUACUACGAUCUUGUGAAAGAGAGAAAGAAUCAAGACCUGGAGAAACAAGUAGCUAUAACCAGACUUGAACAGAUCUCACCAUUCCCUUUCGACCUGCUGAAAGAAGAACUUGAGAAGUAUCCAGGUGCUGAUCUAGUUUGGUGUCAGGAGGAACACAAAAACAGUGGAUAUUAUGAUUAUGUCAAACCUCGUUUCCGCACUAUUGUGAACCACACUCGACCUAUAUGGUAUGUUGGCCGAGAGCCUGCUGCUGCAGCUGCCACAGGCAACAAGAACACACAUCUGGUGUCUCUCAGAAGGUUCUUGGAUACAGCUUUCAACCUGGAGGCCUUUGAGGGAAAGACAUUCUAACUUCAGGGCACUGACCCAUCUCUGACUAGUAGUCUCUCAAAUCAUUGGAUCCAAAAGAGGAAAUAAAAGUGGGACAAAUACUGGAAAUUAUGUAUUUUUGCUUUACCAGAUAAAACGAUCCAGCAGCUUACUUCA